AUGCUUUCAAGAUCAUUUCAACGCUCUUCUCGACUUCCUAUACUUCGUCUUACUAGACGAUUUACUACAUAUCACACAGGCAGUGAAGGCGCAACUGCAAGUACUGGUGCUUUUGGUGAAAAGGAAAAGGCUAUUGAAAAUCAAUGGGCCCGUGCACAUGACGCUGAAAAAAUCAAGCUAUUGCGUAAAGCAUUAGAGAAACAAGAACAGGAGACAGCUGCACUCAAGGACAACCUCAAUGAACUGGAGAAAAAGCACAAAAUUAACAAAUAA